ACAAAUUAAGCCCAGCUCCGUUAUUUUGCGCGUAAUAAAGUCAAAAUGAUGUCGCUACCCGACUCUGAUUCUGAGGACGAGCUGCCGCCAGGUUGGGAGGAGCGUGCCACCGACGAUGGCGUUGUCUGCUAUGUCAAUCAACAGAGCAAAACCUCACAAUGGACACAUCCGCGAACUGGACGCUCCAAACGCAUUACCGGCGAGCUGCCCCUGGGCUGGGAGAAAUACUACGAUGAGCAAAGCAAACGUUUCAUGUUCCACAACAAGGAAACGAAACAGCGCACCAAUAUUGAUCCACGACUGGCAUUUGCUGUCGAGGAGCCCACGUUAAAUGUGGCGCAAGUGCGUCAGCGUUUCGACUCUUGCAGCACAGCGCUGCAGGUGCUGCAUGGCAAGGAUUUGCAUGGCCGUGUAGCGCUCAUAACGGGUGCCAACUGUGGCAUUGGCUAUGAAACGGCGCGUUCACUGGCCCUGCACGGCUGUGAAAUUAUCCUUGCCUGCCGGAAUCUAGCAUCGGCCGCGGAGGCCAUCGAACGCAUUGCCCAGGAGCGACCAGCAGCACGUGCCAGGUGUCGUUCGUUUGCCCUGGAUUUGGGCUCGCUGCGCAACGUGCAGAAGUUUGUAGAGCAGAUCAAGCAGAACUUCAGCCACAUUGACUAUCUCAUACUGAAUGCCGGCGUCUUUGCUUUGCCACACACCAAAACUGUCGAUGGACUCGAGACAACAUUCCAAGUAUCGCAUUUAUCCCAUUUCUAUCUAACGCUGCAAUUGGAGUCGCUGUUUGAUCACAGGACGCGUAUUGUGGUGCUUUCCUCCGAAUCGCACAGAUUUGCCAAUCUGCCAGUGGAGAAUCUAACGCUGCAGCACUUAUCGCCGCCAGCAGAGAAAUAUUGGAGCAUGAUGGCCUACAACAAUGCCAAGCUGUGCAAUGUCUUGUUUGCCCAGGAGCUGGCACAGCGCUGGCGGCAACGCGGUAUUUCUGUCUUCUCGGUGCAUCCUGGCAACAUGGUUUCGACUCAACUGUCGCGCAAUUAUUGGUUUUAUUGCCUGCUGUUUGCCAUUGUGCGACCCUUUACCAAAUCCCUGCAACAAGCCGCCGCCACGAGCAUCUACUGCGCGACGGCGAACGAGUUGACUGGCCUGUCGGGUCUGUACUUCAAUAACUGUUACUUCUGCGAGCCCAGCAAGCUGUCCAAGUGUGCGGCACUGCAGCAGCAAUUGUGGGCGCUCAGCGAGCGCCUGAUCCUUGAGCUAAUCGAGACGACAGCUAGUUGAAUUCAAAGUUUUCUUUUAAAUACGUGUGUUUUUUAAUAACUA